AUGCUGUGCCUUCUCAUUAUUUUUAUAGUUGUUCUUUUUUUCUCCUAUCGUUUAUAUGAACAUUUUUUUCCAACACCAAACAUUAAUCCUAAUGGUAAAUAUGUUCUUAUUAGUGGUUGUGAUAGUGGAUUCGGUAAUGGAUUAGCUAUUGAACUUGAUAAACAAGGUUUCAAUGUUUUUGCUGGUGUCUUCCUUCCUGACAAUGUAGCGUUUCUUAGAGAAAAACUUUCAUCAAAAGCUACAGUUUUUCGUCUUGAUAUUACUAAACAACAAGAUAUUGAUGGUGCAUUUGAAUUAGUAAACAAGAAAACAAAAGUUCUUCAUGCACUUGUUAAUAAUGCUGGAAUUGCUGUUGCGGGUCACAUUGAUUGGACAUCAAUGGAAGUUAUGCAUAAAGUGAUGGACGUAAAUUACUUUGGACAUGUUGCAAUGACAAAGAAGUUUUUACCGUUACUCAUUGCUAAACGUGAUUCACGUGUUGUUAAUAUUUGUUCUGUAGCUGGUUAUCUCGAGUAUCCGGGCUCGUCUGCCUAUUGUGGAUCAAAAUAUGCUCUUGAAUCAUUUUCGGAUUGUCUUCGACGUGAAAUGGCACCAUGGGGUUUACAUGUUAGUAUUAUUGAACCCGGUGCAAUGCAAACACCUAUUCUUCAAUCUGGUCCUCAAACAUUUUUAGAAUUUUACAGUAUGGUUUCCAGUGAUGCUCAAGAACGAUGGGGAAAACAUUUUCUUAAAGGUCAUUAUGAUAAAUCAGGGAAGAAUGUGUUCAUCAAGUAUGCUGAAGAUCCUAUGAAAGUCAUUCGAGCUCUUCAACAUGCUGUUAUGAAUACUGUUCCUCGUAUUCGUUAUCGACCUGGAUGGCAAUCAAGUCUUGUUUUCUUUCCGAUUUCAAAUUUACCUACUUGUAUUGUUGAUUGGCUAUUGAGCAACUUAGACAAGUCUACUUAUGUUCCUGCAUUUGUUUCUCAACAACUGAAAGAUUAA